AUUUAUGACAGUAUAUUUAUUUAUAUGGGAAAAGUGGAUAUUUUUAUUUGAUAUUUUAACUAUUUUCAUAAGUAGAAAUUACUAAUUUGAAAAUGGCAGACUACUGGAAAUCUAAUGACCGAAAAUACUGCGAUUUUUGUAAAUGUUGGAUAGCAGACAAUAAGCCUAGUGUUGAUUUUCAUGAAAAAGGUCGACGACAUCAAGAAAACGUGAAGAAACGUUUAAAAAACAUAACAAAAGCUAGUGCAAAAGCCCAUAAAGAAUCAGAAAAUGUGGAUUCAGCUAUUCGAAAAAUGGAACAGGCUGCUAUGGCAGCAUACAGAAAAGACGUUGAAAGUAAUUCUUGUGCUGAUUUAACUUCAAUAGCUAUAACAAAAAAACUAAAAAGUGAAAACUUAGAACUUAAGGAUAACCAAACUAAAGUAUGGCAUGAAGCUAAGUCAAAGGAAGGACAUAUUUAUUAUUGGAAUACACUUACUAAUGAAUCUUCAUGGGAACCUCCAGCAGAUGGCUUUCUAAGUAUAGAAGAACAGCUCAAACAAGAACAUGAUAAAGUAGCAACACAAUUGAGACAGAUUGAAAAACAUAAGAGAAUUGAAGGACUAAAAUUGAUGCAGAUACAAAAAGCAGAAGAGGAAGAAGAAAGAGCUAGGCUAGAACGAGAAAAAUUGAAAGAAAGAAGAGUAACAGUAUCUCCAGAACCAGUAUAUGGUCCUAUAGUUGAUCCAAGUGAUAACCAUCCUUAUGGUAAAUGGAUACCCGUUAAAGAACCAGAAUAUGUAGAUUUACAAUUACCAGUACAGAAUGAUUACUUUGAAGCUCCAGUUGUAUAUGAACCUGAGGAAAUUAAGAAGGAAUUCAAAGAGAAAACAAUUGAAAGCUUAGAUGAUUUCGGUCCUUCAUCAUUUAAAAAGAGAAAAAUGAUUUCAGGUGCUAAAAAAAAUAUGAGGAAAAGGAUAGAUGAUGAAUGAAUUAGAAUUAGAAUUAAAAUAUUAUUUUCAUGAUAAAAUUAUCCAUUUA